AUGGCGAUCCCGAGGGUGAGACUGACGGUUCCGAAUCUCUCUGUGAAGAAAUAUGUACCUAUCUGUGUCCAGCGGCAGCUGACUGUCGACUUAAUACAUAACAUCCAAGACCGAGUGGUAGUAUACCACCAGAUGGCUCCACUACAACAACUGGAUCGACGAGUGCCUUCGUCAUACCUGUCUAUGGUGUUGAAAGUGGAAUGCGUUUAUCCCAUACGAUCGUUGACAGCAGCUGAACUGUACGCUCUGCUCAUGGCUAUGGAAUAUAUAGCGUCGGCUCAUUCACGGACGAAGUGGGUUAUUAUCUCGGAUUCCCAGGCUGCUCUGCAGUCCCUUAUUUCUGCAGGAACUACCAGUGCUGGCAACCCCGUAGUUGCUGAUGUUGUAAAACUACACGCGGUGGCUGCUGGACACAUGUUCUUUCAAUGGUUGCCAGGACACUGCGGCAUACCUGGACAUCAUGCGGCUGAUGCUGCGGCACGCAGAGCAUAUGGGAAGCGUGCGUCACGACUCAUAUAUUUCACCAAGUCCGACGCUAGGGCCAUGUUCACUGUUUUGUGUCGCGAACUGGCUGAGGCACAGUGGCUCUCUGGCGGGGCUCGCGCCUCCCUGCUACACCGCGUUGACCCGGAGCUUGCCUCUACUUUCCCGACGUCGUUCCGUAGACCGUUUGCGUCACUUUACCACCGGCUCCGCCUCAACGUGCCCUGCAGCCGACGUCUUCUUCACAAGCUUGGAAAGGCGGAUUCACCCAACUGUGGCAUCUGUGGGACUGUUGAGGACACUGAACAUAUCUUAUUAUCCUGUCCACGGUAUCAGCAGCACAGAUAA